AUGCCGCCCAAGAAGGCGCUGCGUCCGCUGCCGUCGUCCGAGCUGCACGAGCCGUACGAGAGAUACCUGUACGGGGACCUGCGUCACGAGCUGUCCGUGCGCCACAUCCGCAUUCCCCGCUCCGGCCAUUGCCUCAACACCCGCGUGGGCUUCAUUCAGCUUCUGCGCGACUGGGACGAGGCGCAGACGCAGACCCCUGAGACUCCAAGGCGGACGUCGCCUCGACGGACUCAGAAUAAGAAUCAGACUCAGAUGACCUCCACUCGUGUCAUCCGUGCGCGUCGCGGCUGCCGCUUCCGCCUCAUCAACGUGCUGCUGAGUCCGGACUUUAACCGGCGCUGGAACGAAAUGGUCACGCGCGGCGGUAAAAUGGAGGUAAACCGUCUGUGGUUGGACGUCCACGCCGCCUUCAUGGCGCAGAACUCGGUGCUGGACGCGCUGCACUUCCAGGACGCGCUCUUUGUCAACGUCACGCCCAACGUGAUCCUCGGGCACUCGGCCGCGCGUCUGCUGCAGAUGUGGAUCGAGAUCGUCGCCAUGUACCGCAACGCCGUGGCGCAGGCCAAAGAGGCGGCAUCACACAACGACAAUGUGCACUCGUUCUUCGACUUUUGCGCCGGCAGACUGGACCUAUUGUACCUGCACAUGGCGAUGCUGCUCGAGCCCAAGCUCUACGAGUUCGUCAUGGGUGGCAAACUCUCGGCUGCUGAGCCUUUUAGCAAGAGCAAAACGAAGACCAAAACUGUGGCGGCUGUAGAGUCUGUGCCAGCUACUGCUGCUGAGAGUAAACCAGGUGCAGCGAUCAAGGCGACAGCAGCGAAAGCCAAAGCUGCGACUCCUGUUCAGGCCAUAGCGGAGACCAUAGCUCCAACACCUACCUCAACGAAAGUAGCGGUAACGACUCCUCCGAAUGAGUCCAAACUAUCGGGACUGCUUACACAGAAUCCAGAGAUGAAAGAACCUCUCUCGCCCGCCAUCGCCAAGAGCCCAGCGACGACGAAAACGGCUGCAGUAAAAGCCAACAAGUCGAGUAUUAAACCCAAAGCUAAGCAAGCAAAGCCAGCGGCCUCGCCUCUGAAGCCAGCCGCUCAGAAGAAGGAUCACAAAGCUGGCGGCAAAGGCAAGGCACCGGCCACUGCUGCUUCGUUUGCUAAAGAAACCAAACCAAAGGCGCCGGCCUCUGCUGCCACGGCGAAAGACACAAAGCCAAAGGCGAUGGUCUCUGUUGCCUCCGCUAAAGAAACCAAGCCAAAGGCGUCGCCGUCCAAGCAGAAGCAGCCAGCUUCGCCCGCUAAGCCGAAAGUAGCCAGCAAACCUGUCAUCAAAAAGUCUUCGGGUGGUGAUAAACCUGCCCACACGACAGCACAUGGGAAGCGGCCACGUGAAGAGGAGGACACGUCGAUUGUUGAGGUUCCGACCGUGAGCGACAUCGUUCCUCACUCUGGUAAUAAACGAGUCCACACGACGACAACAACAAUCUCUACAGCUCUAGCAACACGGUCGACAGACAUGAUGCUGCCUCCAGAUGAGUGGGAUAUCCUGGAGAGCCGACUGCGAAAGGUGAAUGAGAACAUCGAUCGCUGCCACUGUGGACUGUCAAGUGUCGAGGGGAACGUCAGUGAUAGCUACAAGCAAUCGUUGGAGGCCGAUCUACGGUUCUACUCCGCUAUCAAGCAGCGACUGCAGGAACAGCUACUAGUGGUGAUGCAGAGCGGCUACUAG